GACGUUUAUUCUAGUAGUGUUGUUUAGGGAAUGAAUAUAACAUGUCGUUUUCAGAAAUUCAAAGGUUCAAAAACGAGAAAUUAGAAAAAUUGGAUUUGGGGGAAAUAGUUGAUUGUCUCGUCCAGCGUCUUCUUCUCGUUUUCUGGAAAUCCCGUCGCCAUUGAUUCUCACUUUGCAAGGUCGGAUAAACCCUUAACUCUAGAUGUUUAGAUACGCUCUUCUCUUCCUCUUUCUCUUGUUUGCUUUCUGCGGUUUUAAACACUAAAAGACUCGGUGAUUAUGGCGGAACCACAAGAGGAACGAUCUCCGUCGCUUGACGAUUGCCUUAAGCUGUUGAAAGGGGAGAGGGACGAGCAGAGGCUCGCCGGUCUACUUCUCGUUACCAAGUUCUGCCCGAACGAUGACCUCGUUUCCCUCAAGAAGGUGUACGAAGCCGUCGGUACCCACUUUCUCGACCGUCUUCUCCGGACCGGUAGUGGCGAUGGAGGUGAAAACCGUGAUGUGUAUCUGCAGCUAUCUCUUACCGUUCUUGCUGCAUUCUGCCGUGUUCCGGAGAUAGCUUCUUCUGUAGAGAUGGUCUCCCGAAUUCCCCUUAUUCUCGAAAUAAUGUCGAAAGGACCAGCUACAAACAUUCUCGAAGAAUGCUAUGAGCUUCUGUAUUUGGUGUCCACGGCUUGUGAAGCUGGUGUUAUGGCUUUGAUAAACUCUGGAGGCUUGAGAGUGAUAGCCCCCCAGAUGUCUGGUCUGCCUGAUGGUUCACAUGCUAUGGAGGUAGCUAUAAAGAUUCUGCAGUUGUUGGUUAGUAAGCUUCCCAGCGAGAGCAUGAAUAUUGAACGCUUCUUAGAACUGUCUUUGGUGGUUGCUGCUGUUGCCCGGCAGUUUGCGAUGCUGCAUAAUGCCCUGAAGUUUGAAGCACUCCAUCUACUCUCUGCAGUCUUCUGUUCCGAGUAUUCUGCACUUCUUCAUGAUCCUCUUCGUUCCAUGCAAGACAGCAAUUGGGCAGACUAUAUGCGCACAGGUGUUGUGUCCAUUCUGCAGAAUCGUGUAGCACCUUCCGAAAAGCUUCAUGCAUUGAUUCUGGCUGAGAACAUGAUGUCAAUUCUGGGUGAGAAGUGGCUUAUCGGUCGAGUAAAAUUACCCAGUGUUGAGGAUUAUCUUCCAGCUGAUAGGUGUCUUCUGCUGGUACUAGAGUCAUCACAUGUUGAAAUUUCCGUUUUGUCAAAUGAACUCGCUUACAUGAAAUAUGAAGCUCCUAAGAAUAGCUCAACUGUUGAAGACAAUCUGUUGAAGCAACGUUAUCUGGCUAUCGCGUUUUCUUUGAUAGAAAAGAUCAUCAAAUAUAUAUCAACUGUUGGUGAAAAUGAAGGGAAUCUAAGUGAUGAAGCCGUUUUCCUAAAGGUGAUUAAGACACUUAACGAGAUAGUUGGAGUGGUGCUCGAGUAUCUGAAAGAUGCAAAGGAACAUGGAGAGAAGAGAGGAAAUGAUCUUCUUGCAUCUGUGCGAGUGAUUGGGAGCUAUCUUGCUGAAACUCCUGAUGCAUGCAAAGAGCAGGUGCAAGAUCUUCUAGAUUAUAUGCUUUCAGUGGAGGGCGAAGAUGAGUCCUGCCCGUUUUUGUCCACUUGCUUCUUGCUCCCAAUGCUUUGCCAAAUAACAAUGAAGGCAGAAGGAUGUAAACUCUUGGCUGCUUCAACAGGCUAUGUAGCUGUCGUGGAAUGUCUAAUAAAGCUGAUUCAGCGUGAUGGUCAGAGUGUUGAGGACAAUGGAAGCAUAUUCUUGGCUUGUGAUACAGUCAUGAAUAUUCUUUUGAAGAGGGAACAAAUCAGAUUUUCGCCAGAAAUGUCUACAUUUUCCAGACUUUUGAAAGCCUUGGCGUUUUGGGCAGAUGGUACGAAUGACCCAUCAGUAGUUAGGAUGGCUGGAAGCAUCUGCUCAUUGAUCUUUGAUUUCACAUCAGAAGAUGCUCUACUCAAGCAACCUAACUUCAACGGUAGCUCCUUGGAUAGUUUGGCUCGGCUCAUUGCAAGAAGUUUGUCAUCAUCGGGCCAGGAUUUGCCGGAUGACGCGGAUCUCUUUGAAAUCAUAACAGCUGGAUACUCUCGAUGGGCAAAUCGAUUCCCCACCAUAACGAAACAUAACCUUUGAACAAUUACUCAAAGUAAUCUUGAUCCAGAGUUUGUAUCCUAUUUUUCUUUUGGGAUCAGUUUUACGUCUUAUUAUAUACGAUGUAGAUUAUAAAUCAGGUUUCGUCUGACAAAGCACAUGAUUAUAAAAAUCUCUCUCUA